AUGACUGCUGAUCACCGACGAAACUGGAAAUGUCCAAAAUGUUUAACAUCACAACGAAAAUGCGGUGACAACUCAAACACCCCUAUUCGACAGCCUACAAAUCCGAAUGGAAGUGACGACGAUUAUUCAAAUAACGUUACAUUACGCGCUAAAGGAGCGACCACUCACAACUCACCAUACGUCACCGAAGAUCGUCUGCGGGACAUCCUAAGACAAGAAAUUGGCAAAUCACUACAAUCCACAAUCAAAGACCUGGUGUCAAAAGAAUUAACUAACAUUAGUCAACAAUUAACUACUUUUCAAGAUUCUCUUACGUUUUUUAACGAAUAUUAUGAAAGCUUCAAGAAAGACUUAGAGGACAAAACGGUUGUUAUAAAAACGCUUCAAUCGGAGAACGAUAAGUUGAAAUCUACAGUUAACGAAUUGUCAGACAGACUUUGUACCUUGGAACAAAACAUGCGUGAGAGCAACAUUGAAAUCAAUGGAAUACCAGAAAGUAAAUCUGAAAACCUUAUAAACAUCUUUUCCCAGCUAGCAAAAGUCACAAACUACCAACUACAAGAAAAUGACGUCAUGAAUAUUACCCGAGUUGCUAAGCUGAACCGCGACAGCACAAGACCCCGGAGUGUUAUCGUUAAACUUCCAAGCACCCGCCAUAGAGACGCCAUUUUAGCCGCCAUCGCAACUCACAACAAAAAGGAACCCAAAAACAAAUUAAACACCUACCACCUUGGAUUCGACGGGCCGAGCACCCCUGUGUUUGUAACAGAACAUCUUUCUCCGUCUAACAAAUCACUCCACGCAGCAACACGCAAGAAAGCUAAGGAGCUAGCGUACAAAUUUGUUUGGGUACGCGGCGGACGAAUUUACAUGCGUAAAGAUGAACACAGCCAAGCUAGACUCAUACGUAACUUUGCAAGCUUAAACAAUAUCUCUUAG